UUUCCACAGGGAUUUGAAUGGGGUUUAGCUACAUCAGCAUACCAGGUUGAGGGUGCUUGGAACGAAGAUGGUAAAGGUCCCAGUAUCUGGGAUAUAUUUGUACAUACAUCAGGUCAGAUCUAUAUGAAUGAAACAGCUGAUGUUACUUGUGAUAGUUAUCAUAAUUAUAAAGAAGAUGUACAGUUGUUACGCAAUGUUGGUGUAACUGUCUACAGAUUGUCAAUCUCGUGGCCAAGGUUAAUGCCUGAUGGAACUCCUGCAAGUUUAAAUCAAGCCGGUGUAGACUAUUAUAAUAAUUUGAUUAACGAGCUCAUCAAGUACAACAUCAAACCAUUAGUUACUUUAUACCACUGGGAUCUACCACAAGCUCUUCAAGCCAAAUAUGGUGGUUGGUUGAAUGAAUCAGUCGUGGACGAUUUCCGUAAUUAUGCUGAUAAGUGCUUUGAGCUGUUCGGAGAUAGGGUGAAGAGCUGGAUAACUCAUAAUGAACCCCAUGUUACGUGUUCUAAUGGUUAUGAAUAUGGUACAUUUGCCCCAGGAAUAAAUUAUACUGGUUUUGGUGGAUAUAUGUGUUCUCAUAAUAUUAUUAAAUCGCACGCUGCUGUGUAUCAUACUUAUGAUAGUAAAUACAGAGCAACACAAGGAGGUCAAGUCGGUAUCACUCUGAAUAUAAACUGGAUGGAACCUAUGACAGAAUCCUCAGUAGAUCUCGAUGCUUCAUAUAGAGCUCUAGAAUUUAUGCUGGGAUGGCAUGGUAACGCCAUUUUAGAUAAUGGUGAUUAUCCUGAUGUUAUGAAACAAUAUAUUGGUGAGAAAAGCCGUCGUCAAGGAUACACUAAAUCUCGUCUGCCUGAAUUCACAGAAACAGAAAAGGCUUAUAAUAAAGGAACCUUUGAUUUUGUUGGAAUCAACCAUUAUGGCAGUUCUUUGAUAUCAGAUCACCCUGAUCCUUAUUCCAAACCAGGUUAUUUAGUUGAUGCCGAUACUAAAGCUAUUGAUGAUCUAUGUUGGCCAACAACACUAGCUGAUUGGGAAACAGUAAAUCCAUGGGGAAUGAGAAAGAUAUUAAACUAUGUUAAAACAAGAUAUAAUAAUCCGCCUAUUUAUAUCACUGAGAAUGGUAUACCUGAUAAUGAAUUAGAUGAUGAAACAAGGAUCAGUUUCUACAGACGAUAUAUGAAUGAAGCCUUGAAAGCUGUGAAUGACGGUGUCAAUCUUAAAGGUUAUGUAGCAUGGAGUUUAUUGGACAACUUUGAAUGGGAUUAUGGUUAUACUAUAAAAUUUGGUGUCCAUCAAGUCAAUUUCUCAGAUCCCAAUCGACCUCGUACACCGAGAAAAUCCGUUUCUGCAUAUCAAAAGAUUAUAAAAGAUAAUGGAUUUCUUGAAGACAAUUGA